CAUGCUAGACGCUUCUAUAUAAAUGUGUCCUCUUUAGCUCAUAGAUAUCACAGUCAAAGGCGUCUUCUUUACUGUAGACCUCUCAACAGGUGCACAAUGGAGAGCAUACUAUUCUGUGCUGCACUUUUUCUGUCUCACAGCUUUGCUGUCCCAGUGGAUCCCAGACACACUGCACAGCAGGUUCUACAGGGUUAUCUUGACAAGUUCUACCCAUCCGUUCUAAAAGGAGGUCCACACCUUGAAGAACAGAUCAGAGAGAUGCAGAAGUUCUUCCAUCUGACUGUAACAGGAACACUCACUAAAGAAACUGAAGAGGUAAUGAAUCAGCCUAGAUGUGGAGUCCCAGAUGUAGCAGGAGCCUCGCAAUCUGCACCGCGUUGGGGAAGAAAUGUGCUGACUUACAGGAUCAAUAGGUAUACCCGUGACCUGCCUUCACAGACAGUGGACCGGAUAAUAAAGCAGGCAUUCCAGGUGUGGAGUGAUGUGACCCCACUGGUGUUCAGGAAAACUUCAAGACCUGCAGAUAUUGAAAUUUCUUUUGCAUAUGGUGCCCAUGGUGACAGUUCUGCUUUUGAUGGAAGAGGGGGAAUUUUGGCUCAUGCCUUUCCUCCUGGUCAAGGCACAGGGGGAGAUGCCCACUUUGAUGAGAGUGAGAGGUGGUCAGAAUACAACAGAGAAGUCAACCUUUUCCUUGUUGCUGCACAUGAAUUUGGUCAUUCCUUGGGACUGCAACAUUCAAGUGUCCGUGGAGCCUUGAUGUACCCUUCCUAUUCCUAUCAGAACCCACAGAGAUUCAAGCUCUCAAAUGAUGAUACACAAAAGAUCCAAAGAUUAUAUGGAAAGAAGAAAUGAAGCCCUUGAAGAACCUCAGGAUGAAUCUCAGCAAAUGUGUAUAUGUUAUGCUGCUCAUACUUGUCUCACAUAUUUCCUUUUCAUAAAGUGUCAUAAACCGAACUGAAAUUUGAAACUUCAGAAUUUGAUGUGAAAACACAGCACUCAGGUUAAGCUGUUCUCUCAUGGCCAUACAAACUUUAGGGGUGGGCUAUCUAGGCAGUCAUUCAGGGCACCUACCUGAAUGGGGUGCCAAGCUAGGAGUGGUGGCUCACUGUUGGUGGGAUGGACUGCCUGCAGUGAGCAAGCGGGGCGGGGGGGAGAUAGUGUCUUUAACCUUUUAUUCAAAAUUCCACAGGUUAUCUGGAUACUAGCUACAAACAUGAACUUCCAUUGAUUAUCAUGGGGGGCAGGAGUGCCAAAGGCAUGCCUCAACCAAAGCACUAUUUAUCCCUGUAUAUGAAAACUUAGGCAUGGCUUCCUUUCCCACACUAGUUUCUUCCUACACUGAAGUGUUUUACACAAAGGAAACUUGUCAUCAGAGUGGAGUAUGCUUCUCUUAUGAUGAAAUACCAAUGAUAAUAAUGAAUUGUUGUGGUAUUUCAUUAGCUGGCUCUAUCCACUAUUAAAGAGGUUUAGCAUCAUACAAAUAAAUGGAUAAAGCACUGCAGCUGUUAAUCAUAUACUGCUUAAUAACGUGCCGUUUAAUAAUUAAUAAUAAACUUUCUAA